CUCAGCUGCGUGGCGGAGACAGCUCAUACCAAGGGCUCGAGGUAGGCUACUGUAUUUACGUAGACUGGGCCAUUAAAACGCUAUUCACAUCCUCAUAUGAUAUCUGCAGAAUCUCCUGUCUGAGGUGCAAUGGCUAGGAAGACGGACAUUCCUCCMUCAUACUAUGGUGAGCCGCGCAAGUUUGACCCGGGCUUCAGAGGACCUAUCCAUAACAGGGGCUGCACGGAUGUGGUGUGCUGUGUCGUAUUCGUCAUCUUCAUCCUCGGCUACAUCGCUCUGGGCACCGUGGCCUGGAUCCAUGGCGACCCCAGGAAGGUGGUCUACCCUACUGACAGCCACGGACAGUUCUGUGGACAACAGGGGACCCCCAACGCCAACAAAGCCAUAUUAUUCUACUUCAACAUAUUGCAAUGUGCCAAUCCUGCCGUUCUCAUUAACCUCCAGUGCCCUACAACCCAGCUCUGUGUCUCCAAGUGCCCAGACAGAUUUGCCACAUACCUAGACAUGCAGUACAACUACAGGUACAACAACAGCUACUGGGAGUAUUACAGGCAGUUCUGCAAGCCGGGCUUCGACAAUCCUAGAAAGUCCGUUGCACAAGUCUUGAGAGAUGAGGACUGCCCUUCCAUGAUAGUGCCAAGCAGACCUUUCCUCCAGCGGUGCUUCCCAGACUUCAUCACCAGGAACGGGACGCUAACUGUCGCCAACAAGACAGUCUUCAAAGACGGCUUAGGUAAAACAAGGAGCGUGAUCGAUCUCCGAGACGCUGCCAACCGAGUUACCGCCAUGCAGCAAGGAGUGGAAAGUGGCAUUACCAGUCUGCUAGACGCCAAGGAGGUUGGCAUGAAGAUCUUUGAGGACUAUGCCAACUCCUGGUACUGGAUCUUAAUAGGUCUGGUGAUCACCAUGGUGGUCAGCCUGGCCUUUAUCCUGCUGCUGCGGUUCACAGCCGGAGUGCUCCUGUGGCUCAUCAUCUUCGGAGUCAUUGCUGUGGUGGGCUACGGGAUCUGGCACUGCUACUGGGAGUUCAGUACACUGAGAGGGAAGCCACACAGUGAUGGUGAUGUUACCAUCUCUGACAUCGGCUUUCAGACGGACUUCAGAGUUUACCUGCAGCUCAGUCAGACCUGGCUCAUCUUCAUGAUCUCCCUAUCGGUCAUUGAGGCGGUCAUCAUAGUAAUCCUGAUAUUCCUGAGGAGGAGAGUACGCAUCGCCAUCGCUCUGCUGAAGGAGGGGAGCAGGGCCAUUGGCUACAUCAUGUCCACUCUCUURUACCCGAUCAUCACUUUUGUGCUGCUGGCCAUCUGCAUAGCGUACUGGGCGGUCACUGCUGUCUUCUUGGCGUCUUCUGGCGARGCUGUCUACAAGGUCAUGUCGACGCAGGACAAAUGCGUGUAUGCCAACCUCACCUGUGAUCCAGAGACCUUCAGUCAGACCAACGUGACCAAGGUGUGCCCUGGCUCCCAGUGCACCUUUGCCUUCUACGGCGGCGAGAGCCUCUACCACCGCUACAUCUUUGUGCUGCAGCUGUGUAACCUGCUGGUGUUCCUGUGGCUGGUCAACUUCACCAUCGCCCUGGGACAAUGCACCCUGGCCGGGGCCUUCGCCUCCUACUACUGGGCCCUGAGGAAGCCCCAGGAUAUACCAUCCUGUCCACUGUUCUCCUCCUUCAGUAGYGCUGUAAGGUACCACACAGGCUCUCUGGCGUUUGGCUCCCUGAUCCUGGCUGUAGUGCAGAUGUUCCGCAUUGUUCUGGAGUACCUGGAUCACAAACUCAAAGGUGCGCACAAUGCUUUUGCCCGCUUCCUGAUUUGCUGUCUCAAAUGCUGCUUCUGGUGCCUGGAGCAUUUCAUCAAGUUCAUGAACAGGAACGCCUACAUCAUGAUUGCGAUAUAUGGGAAGAACUUCUGCACCUCGGCUAAGGAUGCUUUCUUCCUCCUGAUGAGGAACGUAGUGAGGGUGGCAGUGCUGGACAAGGUGACAGACUUUCUGCUCUUCUUGGGAAAAGUGCUUAUUUCAGGGAGUGUUGGUGUUUUAGCGUUCUUCUUCUUCACCCGUAAGAUACCAGUUAUUCAAGAAGAAGUGCCAUCACUAAAUUACUACUGGGUCCCCCUGCUGACGGUYAUWUUUGGAUCCUACCUGAUCGCCCAUGGCUUCUUCAACGUCUACGCUAUGUGUGUGGACACCUUAUUCCUUUGUUUCUGUGAAGACCUGGAGAGGAAUGACGGCUCGCCCCUCAAGCCCUUUUACAUGUCCCCUCAAUUGCACCGAAUCCUCCGCAGGGAGCYGGGCUCCAAACUCUAUGCUGCCUCCUGAUAGGCCACCACACUGAACAUCUGCCUAGUGAUAGGCCAGAACACUGACUCACUGAAGGACUGGCCCAUUCACCGUCUGUGUGGGAGUGUUUGUGGUCUGGAGCAUACUAGAGCAGAGCCUAAUGGACUCCAGACUGGCCAGGACUGACCAGAAAGGCCUUGGCAGGACAUGGCAGGACCCAAGAGGGUGGUGUAUGUGGGUGGGGGUUAUGUCUAUUCAACUUCCUCCCUCUCGCUGCCACCGCCGUUGAUACUUCUGAUACUUGCCUUUUUUCUCUGUCAUGCUUCUGUCCCUUUCUUUCUCUGCCGUGCCGACACUGCUGAUCUCUGCCUUACUUAGAGAGCGCUGCAGCAGCACAGUGGACGUGUGCGUGCGUGUGUGUGUGCGUGCGUGUGUGUGUGUGUGUGUGUGUGAGAGAGAGAGACAAGGGUGAAAUUGCCAUUAGCCCAACACAUAGCAAGAGGCACACAUACUGCAAAAUGAGAUCUCUGUAUUUCGGAUGCAAUUGAUGUACUUUUUCAGAUGGUCAAAACAUUAUGGAGUUGUGGGGUGACACAGUACAAGGGCACCCCCUUCUGACACUACUGUGUUUGUGCAACGGUUAUAUGUACUGUAAUGUAAGGUCAUGUUUAAGGUGAAGUUGCCCUUAGACGCUGAUCUUGGGUUGGCCUGUAUAGCAUUUUCCUCACCAGUGGUUAAGGUUAGGAUUGGGGGAGGAUUACCCAACCCCAGAGCUGUUUUAGGCACUCAAGUGUGGAAAAUAACCUUGAGGUGGCUUUUCUGUCAAGCAUGAURGUUUUUUUGGCUGUUUAUGCUUAACAUUAGUUGAAGAGGCACUUUUGGUCCACCAUAUUUAUAGACACUGWUACAGAUACUUCUACAGAGUCCUGGGCACAAGAACACUGCUCCAAACGUAAUGUGUAACGCUACAUAGAUAAACUCGAACGCACCCAUGAGUCUACAGGGUCACAGACACUCGUAGGACUGUUUGGUUUAACAAUCAUUGGUAUACUGUAAGUGACAGAUAUGAUGUUUGGCUGACGAAGGUUGAAGACUUUUUGUACACACGGAUSCUGAUGCUAAGAAUGAGAUUUUAAUAGACCCUGACACGUUUCAGGAAUUCCCGAAUGCAGUUGCUAGUAAACGUGCCUAAUUCUACACGGGAGAAAUGUUCCUCUUAUUGUUUUGUGGUUUUACAUUCUAGCGCCGAGAACCGUUUCUAAAAGAAAUACCGUUUCUAAAAGGAUGUUAAAGCCAUUUUUAGUCAUUUUAUAUGGAAUAGUAGUGCUGUUUUUAAUACUAGGUACUGUAACUCGCAUCUGUAUGGAGGAUUUUUAAUGUUUUUGUACAGCGGAACUCUUUUGUAUCAAUGACUCCAUUUUUUUUGGGGGGGGGGGGGUUGUUUUUGUGAAUGGUUCAUUUAUAGCACAACUCUUGGGUAAUUGAUAUCUUGAUUGGUAUUAAACAGAGGGUUUAUGAAAUGUUUACAUUGACACUGGGUUUGUGGUAUUGCACAGGAUUUGGGGAAGACCUGUUGUCAAACAAUGGGUUUGAGGUAAUAAAAGAUGGUUUGGUUGGGAUCAAGUGGAUUUUAUGAAACCAUGCUUUGAGAGUAAGUAUCUGAAAAAUGAGUUUGGUAUCUCAAAUAGAUUUGGAGGAAUAUGACUGUGUUAGAGAAUGUUUAAUGGUAGGUUAAGGGGUAUGUAACAUAGUGUCUGUGGUAUGUGACUGGCUGUGUGUUCCUGUCCUUAGUGGUGGAUCUGGAGGUGAACAGCGGCUCUGCUGCCAGACCCUUCUACAUGAGCAGCACCCUGAGACAAAUUCUCGACAA